CAUCAUCAUUCAAUUAGGUAAUAGCUAGACAAAUAACAACACAAAGUCAUUCAAUACUUGCAAUUCGACUGUAACAUCAGUUUAUUUUUCAAUCGAUUAUUUUUUCUUGACAUUCAUCGCAAAGCAGACAUCAACAAAAUGAGUUAUCCAUUUGGCUCGGGCAUGCCAUCACUUCCAAACUCGAACUCGUCACCUUAUCCUUCCUAUCCAAGACAAACAAAUCCAUCGAUGCCAAUGCCUGGCUAUCCAGCACAAGCGAUGCCACAAGCUCCACCAUUCGGAGCUGGUUUUGCACCGCAACCGUCAAGUGCAUAUCCAAAUAUGCCACCGCCUAGCGCAUAUCCAAAUAUGCCAUCGAUGCCCAUGCAAAAUGCCUAUCCAAGCAUGCCACACCAUGCGCCUCCAAGCGCCUAUCCAAGUGCAUAUCCGAGCUCUACAACAGUCUAUCCACCAUCAAAUCCAAACGCAUCACAUAUUCCAAAUUCACAUGUUUUACCUCCUCAACAACAAGGUUAUUCGGGUUAUGGUUAUCAACAAUCGUCGGGUCCAUCAUAUCCAAAUGUUAGCAAUAUGGCAGCAUGUUUUUCACAAAUGCAAGGUCAUAUUAAGGAUGUUCGUCGGUCCAAGGGAAAUCCAACGUUGGUUCCAGCCCAGAGCUUCGACCCAGUUGUCGAUGCACAGGCAUUGCGAAAGGCAAUGAAAGGAUUUGGUACCGAUGAGGAUGGAAUCAUUAACGUUAUCUGCCGACGAUCAAAUGAACAAAGACAAAUCAUUCAACGUACGUACAAAACCAAUUUCGGAAAGGAUUUAAUUGAAGACAUUCGCUCCGAAACCAGUGGAAACUUUGAGAAUUUAUUGGUGGCUUUAUUGACACCAAUUGUCGACUUUUACGUCAAAGAAUUGCACGAUGCGAUGGCCGGUAUCGGUACCGACGAAGAUGUUCUUAUCGAAAUGCUGUGCACAAUGUCCAAUUAUGAAAUUCACACUAUAAAGCAUGCUUACGAAAGAAUUUAUGGCAAAAGUUUGGAAAACGAAUUGAUGUCGGAGACUUCGGGCAAUUUCAAACGGCUUUUGGUUUCAUUGUGCGCUGGUGGUCGCGACGAAAGUGGUGUGGUCGAUCAUGAUGCUGCCACUCGUGACGCAACUGAACUGUUACGUGCUGGUGAAUUGCGGGUUGGCACUGAUGAGAGUACAUUCAACAUGGUGUUCUGCCAACGCAAUUUUGCUCAAAUCAAACUGAUUUGUGAGAAAUACCAGCAAAUGACGGGCCAUGGCCUCGAGAAAGCAAUCAAAAAUGAGUUCAGCGGCGAUAUUAUGGAUGGUUUGAUUGCAAUUUUACAGUGCACCACAAAUAAAGCUGAAUUCUUUGCCAGUCGCUUGCACAAAAGCAUGGCAGGCAUUGGAACGAAUGAUACGCAAUUGAUUCGUUUGAUAGUGACCCGGUGUGAAAUCGAUUUGAACGACAUCAAAGUCGCUUUUGAACGCUUGUACGGCAAAAGUUUGCGCAGCUGGAUAAAGGGGGACACAUCAGGUCAUUACAAGCAUGCCUUGUAUGCACUCAUUGGUGAAAAUCGUUCAUCAUAAAUUCAAACAGUUUGAUUUCAUACGGAACAAAACAAUUUAUAUGUUAAUAUCACAAUCUUUUUUCAUUCUAUUUCAAUCUUUGAUAUAUAUUUUAACACUCCAAGUAUUUUGUCGUACAAAAAGUGUAAUUUUUGAUAAUGAAAACAAAAAUUCAGAAGCGAAAAAACACAUUCAAAAUUUAGCGAUAAUUGAAAUGGUACAAGAACCUAUCUGUUUCAGCACAAUCCAUUAUUAAAUUCAUAAAUGUUUGUCGAUUUAUAUUUCUUAUAUUCAAUUUUAAAUUUAAAAAAAGGCUAAUAUGAAUACAAAUACCAACUUUAUUAUUCACUUUA